AUGUCGUCACCGAAGCCCACCCCUAUGCCUGUCUACGCCAGCACGGCGUACCCACCGCCCACGAGCCCCGCGUCGUCCGCAUCACCGUCAACGCCACCAGGUUCCAUCUACGCCAACAUUCGCCUCGCCUCGCACAGCACCCACGGGACGCCCCACGCUAUCGCCUUCUUCGUCGUCGAGGCGCGGUCGGUCGAGAUAGCGUUGGAUAUUGAAGGCAAGCCUUUCACGGGAAACGAGUCGAACGUGUUCGACCUCGACAGCGACUGGCCAGCUUGCUUCUGCAUUGGCGGCGGCACGACGGCGGCGACGGACUCUUGCUCGAAGGGCCAGGACUGGCGCCCGUCUUUUCUGCCUCUCAGGGCAUCCUAUGUGCACGACUCUCGCGCUGUCUACUACUGCACUCGACACUCUUCCUUUCCCAACUUCCCUGCUCCCCGCUCAGUGACCAUCCGCCCAGCAUUCGCCGCGCCAAGUCACUCCGUCUUGCUCGAGGCUGAACCUCGCCCAUUCCUGCCGCCUCCGCACGGUUGCCUGGGCGUCCACAUGACGAGUAGGGCUGCGGCGCGCAGACCAUCGCUCGCCGGCACGCGAUACGUCCCGUCGCUCGCAACUCCCGCCUGCGACCUACAAUCCCGCCCGUUCCAUCCGGGUCGCAGCGGAUCCCUAGAUGUGCACGGAAACUGUCGGAUCGGUGCCAUCAACUCAGAGAACGGCGGGGCUAAUCAGGCAAAGAACCGGAUCACUGGCGAGUACGGCGUCGUUCCUCAGAGACUGGGUUCGCCGCGUGAGCAUGCCGCUUUUGAGCCCUGCUUACUCGGUGGUAUUGCUGCCAUUGCCCGCUCGUUUGCCCGUAUUCACGAGACGAGCCCAGGGAAGCAGGGCAUACUCGCAGUCGCGUUCGCCGACUAUGAGGGCUACGAGAAAGUCCGCCCUCACGACCGCGUCGACACAGUCGGCCUCGAGUAG